CAAUGCAAAGAUAAACCUGCUCCUGCACAGUUCAGUCAGUCGCUCAGAGAAGUUUGGUCGACCUUGAAAUGUUGUGUUGUGUCGUCUCAGAAUCUGCAUCCAUGAGAAAUGCAGAGGAAUGAAGCUGGCACAGCGCCCACUGCAGUCUGCACACCACACUCCUGAAAUCACGCCUCGCUGGCUUCCUCUCUAAUUGGUGCCACACAAGCCGCCGCGGAGAGUUCACCUGCUUUAAUUGGACUAUCGCGACAAGUUGUUCAAGUGACGUCGAUGCGACUGGUCGACUACUCCCAAUUGUCUCAGGGAUAUCUGAGGGAUUUUCGCGCGAGCCUAGAAUUGAGCACCUAAAGGGACUGCAGCAAGUCGCGCGACCGAGGGACGCGCAGCUCACGAGGCCGACAAGACAAGUGAGGGAGUCUGCGGCGGAGCAGCGAGCACAGGCAUCUCAGCCUGUGAAUGGAUGCAGGACAGAGAGACAGGGCUCUGAGCGUUUUCGACAUGGACCACCGGUAACAGCCUGAGACCCGGUGUUUAAAAAAAAAAAAAAACAACAGCACAUGAUUCGGACGCGCCUGCUUCAUCUGUGAGCUUCAGGAGAGCAGGAAAAUUGACUUUUGACGCGUGGGUAAAAACUCUGGAGUCGACUGUUUUCCUCCUCUAGAAGGCAGUGCUGGAAGCGAGAGCUGCUCCGUCGUUGUUUUUGGCAAAUCUGCUGGCACACUGAGACCAUCAGCACUGAAGCCUGUUUUUUGCGCAAGUGGUCGGUGCGCCCCUGCGUUUGGAGCCAUGGGUUGUACGGUGAGCGCCGAGGAUAAGGCUGCCGCGGAGAGGUCAAAGAUGAUUGACAAAAACCUCCGAGAGGAUGGAGAGAAGGCAGCCAGAGAAGUGAAAUUGCUUUUAUUAGGUGCUGGGGAGUCUGGGAAGAGCACCAUUGUAAAGCAGAUGAAGAUCAUCCAUGAAGAUGGCUACUCAGAAGAUGAGUGUAAGCAGUACCGAGCAGUGGUUUACAGUAAUACCAUCCAGUCUAUUAUGGCCAUUGUUAAAGCCAUGGCUAGUCUCAAGAUAGACUACAGCAACCCUGCCAGAGUGGACGAUGCCCAGCAGCUCUUUGCCCUGUCCGCAGCUGCCGAAGAGCAGGGAGUGCUUCCCGAUGACCUGGCCAACGUGAUCAGGCGAUUGUGGGGUGACGGCGGCAUACAGAGUUGCUUUGCAAGGUCGCGAGAGUACCAGCUCAACGACUCGGCAGCAUAUUACCUAAAUGACCUGGAGAGGAUAGCCAAAGCAGACUACAUCCCCACCCAGCAGGAUGUGCUGCGAACCCGGGUUAAGACCACUGGCAUUGUGGAGACUCACUUCACUUUCAAGGAACUGCACUUCAAAAUGUUUGAUGUGGGAGGCCAACGCUCAGAGAGGAAGAAGUGGAUCCACUGUUUCGAAGGAGUCACAGCCAUUAUCUUUUGCGUUGCGCUGAGCGCUUACGACCUGGUGCUGGCUGAGGAUGAGGAGAUGAAUCGAAUGCACGAGAGCAUGAAGCUGUUUGACUCUAUCUGCAACAACAAAUGGUUCACCGAGACCUCCAUCAUCCUCUUCCUCAACAAGAAGGAUCUCUUUGAGGAGAAGAUCACUCGCAGCCCCCUGACCAUCUGCUUCCCAGAGUACACAGGGGCCAACAAGUUUGACGAAGCAGCCAGUUACAUUCAGACCAAGUUUGAGGACCUGAACAAGAAAAAGGACACAAAGGAGAUCUACACCCACUUCACCUGUGCCACAGACACCAAGAACGUGCAGUUUGUCUUUGAUGCCGUCACUGACGUCAUUAUUAAGAACAACCUGAAAGACUGUGGUCUUUUCUAAAGGAUGAUGCCCGACGCACACAGACUGCAUGAGAGACUGCAACAGCCAUGUGAUGAUUAUUGCUUUUCAUAAUGAAAACCAUAACAGACUUGAUUCCUGGGGGGGUGGGGGUGAACCUGAAAGAACUUCAACAAUCAAUGAUUUGCAAUCAUCACAUUCUCUGUCUAAUGUGUUAUUAUUAUUUUUAUAUAUACUUCUUACUGCUCUUGAUCAGGGGUUCUCAUACUAUCAUACUGAGCACAAAGUAAAUACUAAGUUCAUACAUAUUUUACCAAGAACCCUCAUAAUUGGAGAAGAGCCACUAACAGUCGAGGCACUGACCUGAGAACUGCUGUUUUUUUGUUUGUUUUUUUUAAUUAGAUUUAUUACAAAUUACAUGAGAUGACUGGCUUUUGUGGAAGAUAACUGUUGGAAGUAAAACUUCUCAUAAUAAUAACAUCUCAUCAAAUGAAAAUACAGUAAAAUUAAAGCAUUUCUCUUCCCUCAAUAAGUUUUCUAGGAUGAAUUUGAGAACCACUUGUUAAAAUUGUAGUUAUCUGAUUAGUUCAGUCUCAUUUUUUUAUGUAUUCAGAUUUCUGUUUGAUAUGAGUUUUUUUUUUUGUUUUGUUUUAUUUUCCCCAUUUGCUUUUGAAGUUUAAUAAGAGGAUACAGUACAAAAACAACUUUUUAUAAAAAUCACAUUAAGUUAUGUUAACAAACGCUGGCAUUUUAUGAACCUUUUGACUGCACAGAGCUUAUUUUUUAGAAGAAAACAAACAGGCAUGGAGAAUGGAAAUGGAUGAAAGGCAAAUGUUUUUUGUACAAUGUUUACACAGAAUCAAUACUCACAGUUGUACUAUAGCGCAUUGUUCUGCAUGACUGUCCAUAGAUUAGCCUGUAUCCCCCACAAACUGAAUAACAUUCCUUAUGUAACUUCUUUAAAGAAACAAAAAAGAAAUGGUUAUGUGUCACUUUUAAGAUAUCUGCAAGAUUUUUAAGUGGUUAUGUCUGUUUCGUAACAUGGAUUGUUCUGCACUAUUUGUUUCAUUCCAAGUCUUUUUCUCCAUAUGUUUGUGCCUUGAUAUCUGUUUACACUUGUUCUUUAGAGACAUGCUAUCUUCAUAGUGUGAAUUAGGGCUAUUUCUACUCCACUUCAGUUCACAUAACCCAUGAUCUGAGAUGCACCACAACACAGACAAAUGGAUGAUAGUCGUUCAUUAAUAUUAAGGUAAAAGUCAUUCACUUGUUAAAUGUAAAUAAAAGUUUGGUCACAUGA